AUCGAGGAUAAUUGUUUCUCAAUCUGUUAUUUCGCGAACGCGCUUAUGUCCGAAGUAAUUUUGAUGUAGGGCUUUAGAAAAAAGAAAAAAAAGAAAAGAAAGUAACGAAAAAGAAGGGAAGAAACAACGGAGAACGAGAACGGAAUGAUAGCGGAAUAGAUUAGAAACGUUGUCGUCUUGAAGAUCAGAGAGCACGCGCGCGCGCGCGCCUGCGACGUGGUUACUGAAGAGUGGGAGUAGAGGGAGGAGCGGUAGUGGCUAGUUAGCUGUGAGAAAAGUAUAGAGAUAAACAUUUUCCAAAGGGUCACCGUUUUUAUCCUUUUCUCAUCGUUGAAGACGUACGCAAGGGUAUCAAAUAAACUCUGCUUCUUUUUUUAAGUAUUAGAAAAAGAAAUGUAAAGAGUGUCAAAGAUAAAAAGCAUCGAGCGGAGUUGAUUGAAAGAGGAAGGGUACGAGUGGAGUGAUAGAGAAAGAGGGUGGGAAGAAGGUUGGGAGGAGGUUAGCGGGCGAGCGAGAGAGAAAGAGAGAGUGAUACCGUUAGGUGGAUAAGGCGCGCGCGUGCGUGCGUACGUGCGCGCGACGUUGAGAGAGAAGAGGAACGAGAGGCGACGGACGCGAUACGUCGCGGCUGCCGGCGGAACGUUGGGAAGGAGCGUUCGCGCUAAGAGAAAAUAUGAGCUGUCAACGUAACGCUGGCAAGAUUACUGUGCCGGACGACCUAAGAGACGUUCUCUUGGAAUUUACUAUCAGUUAUCUCUUAGAACAACCCGGGGACAUAAUCGACUACGCGGUCGAGUUCUUUACGAGACUCAGGGACAACCGUCGAACGCAGUUGAUUCAACCCGAUGCGCAAACUUGUGCUUCGACACCGGACGAGUCCGUUGACGAAGAACCACCGGUCGGCAGGUUUGCGACCAGAAGGAAGAGCGUUUUCGCUGAAACUUACAAUCCAGAAGAAGAUGAGGAAGAAGACGGCGUCAAGAUGGUGCAUCCAAAGAGCGAUGGCCAACGACAAAGGUUAGGCGAAAGCGUGAAGAACAUACUUUUGUUUCGUGCUUUAGACGAAGAACAAAUGGCUGACGUGCUGGACGCGAUGUUUGAGAAAACUGUUCAGCCAGAAGAAUUUAUCAUUAGACAGGGUGACGAUGGCGACAAUUUUUAUGUCAUCGAAAGAGGGAGGUUCGAAGUAUACGUUAAGGAUGCCAACGGCGUAGAAAAUAAUAUUCACACUUACGAUAAUUGCGGUGCUUUUGGGGAAUUGGCCCUUCUUUAUAACAUGCCUAGAGCGGCUAGUGUUAAAGCUGUUACUCCAGGUACUCUUUGGGCCAUGGAUAGACAAACUUUCCGUCGAAUUCUUCUCAAAUCUGCUUAUAAAAAGCGCAAGAUGUACGAGGAUUUGAUUAAUAAAGUUCCCAUGCUUAAAUCGCUCGAAUCUUACGAGCGCAUGAACCUCGCUGAUGCGCUUGUACCCAAACAGUAUUCAGAUGGCGAGCAGAUUAUUAAACAAGGAGAUACGGCUGAUGGAAUGUACUUUGUUGAAGACGGUCUUGUUAGAAUUACUAUAUUGGGUGAAAAUAAUCGCGAAAUUGAGAUUAAUCGAGUUCCAGCUGGAGGAUAUUUAGGUGAAUUAGCAUUGGUGACGCACAAGCCUCGCGCAGCUUCGGCCUAUGCCGUAGGAGAUGUAAAAUUGGCCUUUUUGGAUGUUGAAGCAUUCGAACGUUUAUUGGGCCCUUGUAUGGAAUUGAUGAAACGUAACAUAGAUGAUUACGAGGAUCAACUGGUGAAAAUAUUUGGCAGCAAAACCAACAUUUCCGAUAUUCGAUGAACUAUUACGAAUUAGUAGACGUCGCGCUGCUGUACCGAAAGCACAGUUUCGUACAGUAAUGUAUAACAGAGCACAAACUUAUACAACCACCUAUUUCUGAAUCUCAUCCGCGUGUUUCAAGUAUCGUCUCGAGUCCGACUUUCGUAUGACUGUCUAAUGUCAGCUGGUAAGAUUCGUCAUUAAUAGUUAUCAAGUUUAUACCUGUGACACACUAAACAAAUAUAAAAGAUCCUUGAUUCUUCGUAUAUAUACAUACAUCACGGUAUUAUAAUAACUCUCCAAGACUGUAUUAGAUCAAAAAGUAUUAAAUAUUUCGCCAUGUAUUCACUCGCAUGGGGGGAUUGAGAUCUAUUUAUGAAAGAGAGAAAGAGAGGGAGACAGAGAGAAGGCAAUGUGUAUAAUUGACAUAACAUGUAGAACGUUACCCCAUUAAAGCGUUAUUUGUUUGCAAAUUAUAAGAAAUACUCGGAGUCGUAAUAUUAAGUGUAGAAAUUAAUUCGAUGCCAUAAAUAAAUACUAAAUUUAUUCUUAAAGGGCACCGAAUUAAUUUCUACAUCUAUUACGAGAUUAAUAUAUAUAAUGUAUUGUUUCUUUUAUAUUAAUUUAUAAUAGAUCGAUCUGAAUUCUUUUGACAAAUUACACACACUACCCAAAUGCUCGUUCUAUGCCUUCGGCUACUUUUGCAGGCGCGUAUCUCUUAUUUGAAAUAAAUGCUCUUAUAAAAGCUGCUUACUCACGCUUUUAAGUACCACCGUAAAUCGGAGCGUUAGAGAACAAUUUAAUUGUGUUCUUUUCGGUGUUAGGUAUUGGCCAAACUAUUCCGUCGUAGAAGAAAAUGACGCCGAUGGCAUCUUUUUAUACGUUUUGUUUGGGGAUAUAUACAUUUUUUGUUGUUUUUUAAUUUUUGUGUAUUAAACAAUUGACAUACUGCGACAAAGUAUAAAAUUCAGAUUAUAGUACGUACCUAUCUGCUAUGAUUACUAUUCAUGGAAAGUACGAAAAAGAAAUAAAUAAAGGAGAUCGAAGAUGCAUUAGAAAAUGCAUGAAAAUGUACAAAUAACUAAUUGACUCGGCAUGAGGAAAAAAAAUAGAUUGUGUCUUUGAUGCCACGUUUAUUAAAUAUAAAUGAAGUUAGUAGAAGAAAGGAAGAUAACAAAAACGGCGUUUGUUCAGUCGUGGGUAUAAUGUCAUUUUGAUAAUUGUUAAUCAUUAUUGUUUCGUUUUUUAUUUUUAGCAUUGUAUGUAACCCUGUAUUAUUUUAAUGUUACAACACAGUUGGAGGAGAGAGAAAUGAUUGUUUAUAUUAAAGAUAAUAGAGAGUUCCAUUCUUGUUUCUUCCAUUGAAUAGUAGAUUCGAGAGUGCUAACUCAAACCAUUGUUCAUUGUAUAUUUAUUAUGUCGAAGACAGUGAAGUGUUAUUGUUAUAAUUACUAUAUUAUCGAAUGUUGCAGAUGCACUUUGCAGAAUAUCUCGUCUCGCUGCUUUUGUACCGAAUUCUAAGUCAUAUUUAAUGCAAAUAUCGAGAAUAGAUUUCAAAGCAGUUUCUAUGUUCCUAAUUUUAUAACGCGAUUGUUUUUAAUUUUUUUCUUAACAAGCAACUAAGUAUCGAAGAAUAUAUAGCAGCGCACAAUUAUUUGCAAACUUAUCAUAGACGGCAUAUGUCGAUAAACAGUCAGUUUAGAAUUGAUAGAAGAUGCGAUCGAUAAUAUUUAUUGCACUAUUCUCGCAUAGAUAUUCUCUUUACAUACAUAUAGUAAAAUGUCUAUUUCAUUGGUUAAUAUAAAUGGAUUAUAUAAACAUGAAUUUACCAAAAAACGAAACAAAAAAUUACAAAGCGGGGUAUAGGCAUAUUACGACAAUAUUACGAAUUAGUUUUGAUUAUUUUCCAUUGGUAUGAAAUUCAUUGUUUGUUUUUUUUUUUCGACAAACGAAUUGAAUCAACGAGUUUGCAAAAUUAUAAAAAACAAACAAUCAUUAAAUUUAUCGAUGCCAAUGGAAGAUCAGCUUGCUUAUAUUCAAUAUUAUAGGAUAUAUUGAAAAUGAAAAUAAAACGAGAAGACCUCAAGGAGACAUGAUCGUCAUAAUCAAAGUCACGAUUAAAAAAUUAUCAAGCGAGAACCGGCAAAUCGGUUGAAUUUCAUUUAAUAAAAUUGUGUGUUCUAAUCGGAAAUAUAUCAUCCAUAUAUAUAUUGCGUCUUUACAAGAUUUAAUGAAGAAUUAAUAAGGAAAAAAGUAACAUUUUUCCAAAUAUUUUUAUCUCAUGCGGAAAUAUUUAAUUAUAUAACGUUUAUAUCUGACAUUCUUGUACCAAGAAAUGAAUUUGAUCGCCCUACGAAUUAAUGUACUAGACGUUCGACACAAUUAGGUGUUGCAAUUUUAGCGACGAUUAUUAGAUCCGUGGAAAAUGGUUUUUAUUACCAUUAAUUAUAUACGAUCAUUACACGACUGAAAUAGAAUUAUGCCAUUAUUUUCUAAAUAAUAUCACUUAUAUCACAAAUAAAAAAGAGAUAAAAGAAAAUAAGGAAGACAAAAAUAUAAAAUAAAAUAGACCAAUCAGCAUAAUCUAUUUUAGAGCGAAAGAAAUGGCGUUGUAUUACGAAACCGCUUUCGGUACAUAGAUACACUUGUUCAUAUUCUAUGGCGACAGAUAAAAUGUUCGUAUUAUUCACAAUUACAAUGUAUGGUCCCUGUAAAAAUGCCAUUCUUUUUAUGUUUGUGAUAUUUCACAGUAUUCAGUGCAUUGCAUUAUCUGUUUUUUGUUUAUUCUUAACAAUCUUUCGUAGUCUUCCGCGUUCUUUGUAUUUUUAAACUGUGAUAUUAUUUUUUGGAUGAAAUAUGAAGUAAUUUGUUUCUUGUAAUCUAUUGUUUUAAUUUUUCGUUUUUUUCUAAUUUUUUUUUUAAAUUCGUUAAAUUUAUGAAUUCAGAUGAAUUAAUUCGAUAUUAAAUGAAAGAUUCUUUUCGCAAUUGAAGGAUCUUAAAAAUAACUUAGAAAAAAAAAAUUCCUUUAUUAUUGAAUAGAGUAACACACGGAAAAAAAAGAAGAAAACAAAAAUUUAAAAAUAAAAAUAAAAAGAUUAAAGAAAAGAAAGUAGAUGAUAGAAAGAUGAUAAUUAAAAGAGGGAAAAGAUUAAAAAAGAAAAGAAAAGAAAAGAAAAAGAGAAAAAAAAAAGAUAAGAUAAUUUAUGCACCGAGUAUAAUGAGUAUAAGCUAUCUCUCAUAUUUGUGUCAGAUUAUAUUCGAUAAAUUAAGUGUCAAUGCCGAAUCAAAGCCGAAUUUCUGAGUACUACGUGUAUCUAAAUAAUCUCAUUUGUCCUAUAUAUAUAUGUUGCGUGUUGCCCUCUGUAUAUAAAUGUACGACGAUCGACUUGUAUUUAAAUAACUUCAUUUUUACGCACAUAACAAACAUCAUCGUUUGUUCUCCCGGCUUGCUUGCUGCAGUGCAUAAAUUGAAAAUAAUUCAUUAAAGGACUUAACUUGCGUUUGAUCUUUAUCCAAUCGUGAAAUAAUACUGUUCUUUUUGUUAUCGAUUUAGUAAUAUUAACGAUUGUAAACCUCGUCGGUAUUAUUUUUAUUAUAAUACAAUUUUAUUCGAGCUUUAAAAACAAAUAACUAGGAUCGUCAUUUUCUCUAUUUCGCUGGUUCCACUCGAGAGUGCGGAGCGUAUAAUUAUUAUACUAAUAACGACCAAGCGCAUCUUUUGCAACGAUAAAUAACAAAUUGGAAUUUUGUCAUAUACCUCUGUGCAAAUUUGUCGUGGAUAAAAAAGAAAAUGAAACGUUAAGCGAUGACAACCAAAAAGAAAGGAAGAAAACUAAAUACGAGUUCACUUUUGCAUACAAUUGAGAAUCUUGUUUUAUUGUUAGUUACAAAGUUUAUGUAUAUACAUAUAAUAACGUUGAAAACGUAUUUAAAAAAAAAAUACAAAAAAAAAACAAAAGUGAAUUUUUCUUCUUUCACAUAUUGGAUCAAAAGAUGAUGUAUCUAUGGAAAACAAAAUGAUCAAAACUUACGAUUAUUUUAGUCUGUCGUGUCUUCGUCGCUGUUUCUCUUGCGAAUAACGUAAUUUACUCAAAUUUUGAGUAUAACAUUACGUUGGUGGGGUGGUAGGUACGUGCGUGUGUACGUUGCGUGGUAAAAUUCUAUUAGAUGUACUAAAAAAUAUAUAUAUAUAUAUAUAUAUAUAUAUAUAUACUUUUUUAUAAAAGUAACUAUAAAUAUAUAUAUAUACAACAUACAUACGUAUAUAAAUAAUAUAGAUAAAUAUAUGGAAUCGCGCGCGCGUACUCACGCUAUUCUUUUAAAAAAAUAGUAAUAUUGUAUCUAUGUACUAAUUGAAUAUAUCUUUCUCCCCUCUUUUUUAAAAAAAAAAAAGAUAAAAAAAUAACAUAAAAAAACUUCGUAAAUAAACGCGUUGACUUUUCGAUAACGAUAGAGAGAUAAUUUAUGAAUCUUUCUCAAGAUCUUUCCCAUUAUCAUUAUAUUACAAAAAUUCUUAAUAACGAUUGAUUCAGAUUCAUUUAAGUUUUUGAUUAAUUUUUCUUUUUUGUUGAAGAAGAGGGAAGAGAAUUUUAUUUUUUUUUAUUAACUUGCACAAUACCAAAGUAAUAAUUAAACGCGAACAAAAAAGUGUUAAGAUACAAUAAACGUUUAAAGGACUUGGAAUAACCAAAUAAAUAAGUAAAUAAAUAAAAAAAAAUAUAUAUAUAUAAUACGAAUAAAAUGAUAGUCCUAAGGAAAAACAUCGUGCGCCGCAUAAAACGCGUCUAAAGAGGGUAACACGUAUAUAAUAUCGAUACGAUAUAUUGAGGAAUGGUUACCUUGUGUUCUAUUUAUGACGCAACGAUGCUGCAAAAGUGAAUUAUGAAAAGAUGAAGAGAGGAUAAAAUAAAAAAGAAAAAAUAAGUAAAAGGGAAGAAAGAAAAUAAUAAGAAAGUGAGGUGCGAGAAAAAACUUUGCAGUAAAAGAAUUAAUAGAAAAAGAAAAAAAAAAAAACAAAAAAAAAUAAGAGACGUCGCAUAAUUGUUAUUCUAUGUGCAAACCAAUGGAUAUAUUUAUCCGAUGUUUAUCUCACUAAGGAGAAUAAAUUCCCUCGGGAAAUGCUGACUCGCGAAGAGAAACGUGUAUGAAAGUGAGCUCUUUGUGUUCCCUUUUCUCCUUUCCAAAAAAAAAAA